AUGGCUGAAUUUUCGAUUGAUAAAGUGUGUCAAGCAAUCCAAGUUUUCAAUUAAGGGCAAGUUGAAUAGGCUGAUAGUUUUCUGAGAAGCUUCUCAUAAUCAAAUGAGGCUUGGGGAAUUUGCAUUCAAAUAUUGUAAUCGAAUCCAGAUCCAUCAUUGGUGUUUCAAUUAUUGCGUAUUUUGCAAUCCAAAAUUCUUUAUGACUUCAGUACUUCUAAUCUAAUCAUUCAUUAGUUUCACUUACUCCCUCAGAAGUGCAGCAGAUAUAUUAGAAUUGCAUCCAAAUCAUACUUCACUACAGCGUAUAAAAUUAAAAAUCAACUAGAAUAUAAUGUGUACUUAUGUUCAUCUAUUUAUACUUGUACACGUACUCACAGCAAACCAAAUCGAUACUAGAGUAAUCCUAUUAUUAAUCAUUUAGAGUCAUAGCCCAAAUCCUUGAUUACUCUCAAAACAACAGUCCUCACCAGAAGUUUCUAUUUGAUGUUUUGGAGACACUCCCAGAAGAAUUGACGGAAAAUAAAAAGAUCAUUAUAGACGAUGAGAAGAGGAAGUUGAUUGCUCAAGACAUCAAAAACAAGCAAAUGCUCGAUAUCCUAACCUACCUCCAAACUCAAUGGAAUACAGUCCCAGAAGAUUCGAUUAAGUAUCACAUUCUGAGAUCAUAUAAAAAGUGGUUGGAAUUCAUGAAAUCUAGCAUAACAGAAGAAGAAGUAAUUAAAAACCUUAAAUUAGGCUAUUCAAUUUAUGUAAUUGAGCAGCCAAACUACCCUAUUCAAAGGUACAUUGGAAUCCAUAAGUAACGAGGAAUUGUAGAGCAAAGCAGUCGAAGCAAUAUGCACAUUUGUUGGUAUUAUCCCAAAAACAAUAUGCGAAUAACCUCAAAUAGAACCUUAGGUUUUGCAAAUAUUAUUCGAUGAGAUGUAUAAGACAUUUCCUUCAUGCAAGAAGGCAUUGGAUGAAGAAGCAGGUGAAGAGAUUCAUAACCUCGUUAAAUUAUAUUCUAAGGCAGGUAAGAAAUUUAUUCACAAAAUUCUACUCAACACAUAAUUGGAACCAUUUAUACAGACACUGCUAUGGGUGUUUUGCCAUGAAAAUUCUUUUACUGAGAGUGACAUCUUGACUGAUUUUUGGAUUAAAAUGAUCAAGACUAUUAGGAUUAUGAAUGAUUUGUAAUUGUAGAACAAGUUCUCGUUAACCUUUGAAUAACUUAUCAACGGGUGUGUUUAAAAGAGUAAAGUGAAUAAAAUACUUUUGGCUGAGUAUGGCAUUUCACCUUAGAUUAAGGAUGAAUUUGAGUAGUAAUUGGAUACCAGAUCACAAAUGAAAGAAAUCAUGGAAGAAUUAGUGACAAUCAUACAACCAAAUCUAAUUAUUCAACAUUUGGGAGGCAUAUUAAAGAAGGAAAACUUUCCAUAAAUGAGUGAGAAUGGUUGGAUUACAUUCGAAGCCUGUAUGAAUUUAAUAAGUGGAAUUAUUAAAUAAAUUAUACUGAAAAAUGAUUAGGUUGGAGUUUAAUAUUUAAUGGAAAUUAUCAAGUUAUAUUUAGAUGUGUAUUAGUAAUAGCCAUUAGCCAGCAACAAUUUCAUAAUGAAAUCAGGUAUGAAUAAAUUCUAAAUUAGUUUUCAAAACUAUAUCCCAAGGUUGUGCUUAAUUGAUUUCCUCCACUGAACUGUUGCCCUCUCUAUUUAAUUUCAUAACAAUAGGAAUUCAUCAUUAAGUAUCAUCUGUUUAAAAGAAAGCCACUAAAGCAUUCUAAUUGAUUUGCUAAUAAAAUCAAAAUUUUGUGUUGCUUCAUUUGAAUCAAUUUUUAGAUCUCAUCUUUAAAUUGCAAUAAGUGUAAUCUAUCUUCUCUAUCAUUUAGGUCUAAUUAUGACAAUUUAAUUAAAGGAGUAGCAAAUGCAAUAUGUUCAAGUUAAGAGACCAUGUAAAAUUAUUAUUUAAAGUUGUGUUCAAUCUUUGCUUAAAAUUUAGUUCAAUUGUAAUAGUAAAUCGAAGAAUUGCUGGUGAAAUCUAUGGGAUCAGAUAUGUUGGAGGAGAAGAUUAAACAAUUCAGCAAAAACAUCUCCAGUUUAGCUUAUGUGAAUAGCUAGAUUCCUGCAAAUGAAUCGGAUGAGUAUUUAGCAGUUAGAGUUUUAAUUGUUAAUGUCUAUUAAUAACUUUGGCCAAUGUUAAAAUUUGGCAUGGAGAGAAUAGCCAUCUUUGAGCAUGGAGUAGCAGAGAAAAUAGUGAGAUACACAAAACACACUUUUAGAAAAACCUUUAAUUAAUUUUCAGUUGAGUUACUCACCUAAGUCUUUUAGAGUUUCUUGAGUGUCUAUAGAUAAGUUCCAAUAACAGCUUGUAUCUACGUAGCAGAGGUAUCAGCAACUGUAUUUUAUAAAUACCCUGAAUAUCGUAAUCUGUUGUCAGAGGCCUUUGAGAAUCUAUGCAACAUUACAUUCCAACAUUUACCUCAAUUGUCAAGUUUCGAAGAGAACCCUGACUUGACAGAAGAUUUAUUUGGAAUGCUUGUAAGAUAUGGUAGAUACACACCAGUUUUAUUGUUGCAAAGUUCAGCAUUAUAAACAAUUUUGUAAUUGACUCUGAUGGCCAUUGGAUUGGAACAUGUAGGUGCUGCAAAAGUAUUUUACUCCUGGUUAGAAGUGACUUUCUUAAUGUUGAAACCAUAAGAUGAAGCAUUCAAAGUUCAAAUCCCAUAGGAAUAUAAAGACAGUAUCAAUUAAUAUAAAUUAUUAGAAUUCCAAUAGAUCAUCACUCCAUUUAUUCCUCAAUACACGUCAAAGUUAUUUGAAGCACUAAGAAAGGGACCAACUGAUGAAGAAGUAGAAGAUUACAUCGAGGAUUGCAUCAUAGCUUUAUCUAAACUCUCGUUCAUAGAAUAUCACAAAUUGUUGAGUUAGGUCUUGGAGGAGGGACCGUAAAACAUCUUGACUCAAUCGGAGAAAAAAACAUGGAUAGAAAAUAACUAGGAUGUUGAAAAGUAAUAGCAAUAUUUAAGGCUCUACACAAGGAGAUGUAUUUAGAAUGCUUUAAGAGGGUGA